AAAAAUUUACCUGAGAAAACUCAGCAAAAGGAGAGGAACUUAAACACUUCACAGGGAUUUCAAAUAAUGUUCCCCAAGACUGUUGGAUUCGGGGCUUUGGUACUCGGGCUCGCAUUCCUGAGCUUUGGCCCCAAACUUAGCGCUGGUCAAGGGGACAAUGCUCCCCCAUGUAUCAACGAUACCCUUCGUUGUCCUAUAAGCAGAGCAUGUUACUCACCUCAAGCGGUAUGUGAUUCUUACGACGAUUGUGGCUCUGGUUUUGAUGAAAUGGAAUGCACAAAUUUAGAUGACUGCAAUCAAACGGUAUAUUCGGCUUUUGAUAGCGAUUGCAGUGUAGAAAGGUCAGGCGGGAUAUACAAUUCACUCGGCAGAGACUUCAUUUUUGAUGGAUCGUUUUACUUCGACAUACCCUUAUUUGAUUCAGAUUCUCCGAUUUGGAUUGACAGGGUGUAUCUCAAUUGGGGGAUUGCAAGUCCAGAUAUUCCUCAACCUACAAAUUUAACACAACAAGGAUGGUUUAUGCUACGUGUUUCAUCAGUCAAUUUUAACCUUUCUGAUGUUAUAAAUAGAACUGAACUAGAUGUUGUUACUCUUGAAUUAACGCCAGAUGACGUCGGUCGACAAGUAGAGAAGAAGUUUCGAGUGCCCUUGGAAGUUAACCAAUCUGAAGUUGACGCUUUUGAGGUAGUAUUAACCUAUGUAAUAGAUGCACAACCCAGUGAUGAAACUCCUUACACAGUUCCAGAGUUUCUCGAUCCUGGUAUUGUAGAAUUAGAAUUUGUCAGAUAUGUUGAUCCAGGGGGAUUUCCAGCUUGUUUUAAUCUAUUGGGAAGUCCAUGUCUAGCUGCAGCGUGGCCUUAUCUGAGGAGGAAUGGUGCACCAUCAUGUCAACCUCGGGAAAGGCAUCAAUUUGUGUCUUCUUUGUAUGGAAGAUGUAUCUAUUGGACGACGGAUACACUGGAUGAUAAUGUAGAUGGUCCAGGAUUAUCUGGGAAGGAAACUACAGGUGUUGAACACAGAAAACCGUUUACAAGAAAACAACUGGAGUUUGUGAAAGCUGCAAGAAAUUAAUCUUGCCGGGUACGCAUUCACUUCACCUUGGUCGAGUGCAGCACAGUGGAUAAAUGUGUUGCUGAAGGAAAACACCAUUGCUAGGAUUCAAACCCACGACACUCUGUUGAAAGGUGAGAGUCAGAACCACUAGACCACGACGCACCUACAAUUAACAAGCUGAUGUCAUACCCCCACUUGUUCUUUUGUAUUUUAUAACAAGAAGUCAUGUUUAUUCACAUUUUGACCUCCAAGAACUAAAAAGUGGAGUGAAGAUUUAUUUAAUGUAAACACAUGCAUUGCUUGAAAUCAUUUUAUGCUACGUGGGACAUAUCAUACACACGUGUACGAAAAUAUGAAAUUAUUAUGAUUUCAUUUUAUAACAUAAGCCUAACACAUAUUCCUGACGAUCAUGUGCACAUUCCAGUAAUUUUUCCCAAAAUGUUGCUAAACCUUCAAAUCAAAGACUUUGUUAUCUGAUUUUAACGAAAUUGUCAACAUUAUGCUUUUCUGAUUAAUUCUCUUCCUACCUAAAUCUCCCCUUUUCUCAUGCUUUCUUUCUAUGGUCCCAUUCAUUAUCCUUAUAACUAUGUUAUAUGUAAAAUGUAUCCGGUCGUCCAACCCAUUUGAUUGAAGGGCUAGGUACUCUAGACUGAAAGUUAUGUGAUUUAAAUUCAAAGAGUACAUCAGAAAAAAAAAAAACUGAAAAUUUCAUCAAAAUUGAAUGAGGAUUAACGAAAUUAUGACGAAUUAAAGUUGUUAUUUUUUGGUAAAACUGUUCUCUGCAAGUCCUCAUGGAUAUACAAGAUCCCAAUUUAUAUAUUUUUUUGUAUUAUAUGAAUUCAAAUUUUGUCCAAGCUAGGUUGUAAAAAAUUACGAUUGACUACUGAUUUACCGUGUAAGACAAAAAUUAUAUUAUUUCUCACACAUAGUUGAGUUAUUCAUCUGAUUCAACACAACAAAAAUAGACAAAAAAGAAAUAAGUGGGAAUCUUGUAUAUUUGAACUAUGGGAAAUAGUUAAAAAAUAGAUGUGCUACUAAGAAUUAUUUUCUAUAUGAUUUGCAAAAUAUUAAAAAAAGAUGUCGCUAUUUUUCUUGUUUUUUUUCUUCUAUUUUCAUGAUAUAUUCUUUAUCAUUCUAUUCUAUAUAUUCUAUUUUUGAUAUAGAUAUUAUUUAUUUCUUUAUGUAUCUUUAAUGUAUUUAUGAUAAACUUUUGGCAUGUUUCUACAGAAAAUCAUUAAAAACGAUUUAUCUUUUCCGGACUCGAAAAACCUUAUCACCCUUAAACCAACCUGCUUCUACAAACCAAAUAAUCUGAUUAAUUCACUUUUCGCGUUGCAAAUACGGCGGAAAUCGGAUAAUUCAACCUAUCACGUUGCAUUGUACAUAUGUCCAAAAUUGCAACUUCAUAGGAUAAUUUUCAAAAUUUGUGGUAGAUCUCAUUCAAUGUAGCAGGUAUACGUGUUGCACGAUCAGCUGGCGAGAUCGAAAAAGGCCAGAAUGUGCAAAUAUAUGUACUGCGAAAUUGCACUUCCGGGAUUAAGCACGUCCGCCAGACACGAUACGCUAUUUUGCCGUGUGUUUUUACAGAAAAGUUAAACGGAUUAACAUGGCAGUAACGAAACCAUAUUUUGCUUGAAGCAGUUUAUCAAUAAACCGCAUCGCGUCUGUUUCUACAAAAUUCUACAGGAAAGUUUUCCGGGAUUCUGGAUACUUACGCGGGUAAUACCUUUUAACGAUUAUAUGUAGAAACACGCCGUUUGAUAUAUCUUUUAGGUGAAAAGAAAAUAGAGAAAUAUUAGGAGGUUCUAUUUUUAUGGGGGUACUAUUUUCCCCCCUUUUGGGGAUAUUUAUUUCCUCUAAGUUUGGUACUCUUUACCUUUAAUGAAUCAUUUGGCCAUGUGAAGGCUAUCACACAUUUUGAGUUUAAUCUUCGAAAUUUGGUGUUCAUCAGUUUGUUGUCCAAACUCUGUCUUACAUGUAGAUUUGUUUAUAGGAAGAUUAACAUAAUAUCUAUGUGGAGUGCAAUCAUUGACCUCUUGUAGAGUCGUGCAGUCACAUGUAUUCAUAAUGCUGGUGCUUUUAUGCCAUACAUGUACUUGUCAAUACUGGGUUCCACUCUUUUGUACUUGAACUUAUUAGUAAAAAAAAUAUUUUAUUAAUGUCAUUGAAGUAGCUGUGUGAAAGCAAUUACACACAACAGAUUUAAAAUCAAGGUUAUUGUAUUACAAGUAUCAGGUUUGUUUGCAGAACAGUGGUUUUGCCAAGUACUCAAUCCACGUAAAAAGCCAUCAGAGAGAACAUGUUUAUUCUUGGAAAUGUUAUUAAUUUGUUGUGUUUUUCAAUUAAACUCUGUCUUGAUACAUGUUUAUUUUAGAUACCAAGAUUGACAGAGUAUAGAUGUCAACGAGGAGCAAAGUCAUAUAUAUUCAUAACUUAUGUGCUUUAAUUAUAAAGUCUAUACUUGUGAAUACUGUGUUCCAUUUAUGCUGUACUUAAACUUCUUAUAGUAAAAACAUUUGACGUUCUUGAAAUAA